ACACAGAAGCAGGUUUUAGUGCAGAAGACAGCGCAGGACUCACAGACCGGCUCGGACUUCUGUUUUACUUUGUCAUGGAUAAUGACGCUGACUUUUACCGGGAGUUGCCGAAAGUGGAGCUUCAUGCUCACCUGAACGGCUCUGUCAGCUUCCAAACCAUCGAGAAGCUCAUCCGCCGAAAACCGCAGCUCAACAUUGAACACAGCAUGACGGCCAUCGGCAAAGGCCAGCAGAGGACUCUGGAGGAGUGUUUUGAAGUCUUCAAGGUUAUCCACAAGUUGGUGGACACGGAGGAGGAUAUCCUGAUGGUGGCUACAGAUGUUAUCAGGGAGUUUGCAGCUGAUGGUGUCAAAUAUUUAGAGCUAAGAAGCACACCAAGGGAAAAGAAAGACACAGGGUUGACAAAGAGGAGUUAUGUUGAAACAAUCAUUAAAGCCAUUCAGCAGUGUAAAAAUGAGGGAGUAGACAUUGAUGUCAGGUUUCUGGUGGCGGUUGACCGCAGGAAUGGGGCUGAAGUUGCCAUGGAGACAGUGAAACUGGCAGAGGAGUUUAUGCUCUCAUCUGAUGGUUUGGUGUUGGGACUCGACCUCAGUGGAGAUCCAACGGUGGGCCAUGGCAAAUACCUACUACCUGCCCUAGAGAAGGCUAAAAACUCUGGACUGAAGUUGUCACUGCACCUUUCAGAAGUUCCAACCCAGAUGGACGAGUCAGAUUUGCUGCUGAAUCUUCCUCCAGACAGAAUCGGUCACGGCACUUUCUUACAUCCUGAAGUUGGUGGAUCUCAAAGCCUUGUUGACAAAGUGGUGAACAACAACAUACCUCUGGAGCUUUGCCUGACAUCAAAUGUCAAAGGACAAACUGUGCCGUGUUAUUCCAAACAUCACUUCAACUACUGGUACCAGUUGGGACACCCAAGUGUAAUUUGUACCGAUGAUAAAGGAGUCUUUUGCACAGACUUGUCUCAAGAAUAUCAGCUGGCAGCUUCCACAUUUGGUCUAAAUCAUGAAGACGUAUGGAAGCUCUCCCAGCAGGCCAUAGACUGCAUCUUUGCACCGGAGGAUGUGAAACAGCAGCUCAAACAGAAGUGGAAGGAGUUACAUCCUCAGGUUUUCAAGUGACCUUUCCAGUGGAGCCUAAAGCUCAUCAUAUAUCUCAGGUUUUAGUUUGAGGGGGAAAAAAAAAAAGACAAAUCAAUUUUCCAUUAACCUUUUUUUAAGUAUUUAUAGAAAUAAUGACAAACUGACCACUAAAAAUACAGUGAAUUGUUUGACAUAUGUGAAAGUAAAUGACACUUGUUUAGAA